UAUGUAUUCAAAUUCACACUCAAAAUUCUCCAUUUGUUACCGGCGAACAUAAACCAUAGGGUUUAAGAAUUAAGAGCCGAAAUUGCAGCAAAAUCAAGAUGAUUAUUCCUGUCCGUUGCUUCACUUGCGGGAAGGUUAUCGGAAACAAAUGGGAUAUGUACCUCGAUCUGCUCCAGGCAGACUACAGUGAGGGAGAUGCCCUUGAUUCCUUGCUAUUGGUUCGCUACUGCUGCCGAAGGAUGUUGAUGACACACGUCGAUCUGAUCGAGAAGCUCCUGAACUAUAACACUCUGGAGAAAUCCGAAGGCAGUUGAUGCAACAUCCGAGUGAGUCUUAGGUGGGAGAUGAGGGGGAAGUAUGUGCACUUUUUCUGAAACUUGAUGAAAAUAGUUUUCUAUGAACUAUUAGCCACUAUGUAAGAUGAGACAACAAGGUAGUAUCGUUGAUACUUCUAAACAAUGCUAAUUAUACUGUAGAAUUUAAUUAGUUAGUACCAUGUGUUCAUCGAAGAAGUCAUUGAAGGUUUUUGUUCCA